AACCGUACCUCGGAGCUCGGAGUUUUGGAAAGAUACCUCCGCCAAUCGAUCUGAGAGGCCGAAGGCAUCACAAUUGGACAACCCACACAGACCAAAGCACACAAAGAAUAGCCAUAUAUCCCAAGCAGAGCACCACACAACAACCUUACUUUGACCCAGGCAAUUUGAUUGAUUCCAUUCCAAGAGACAGCGACAUCAAAAUGAGCGAAAGUCAAAACACCAGUCCCUGCAAGGGAGGAUCCCUGUACAUUACAUCGACAGAACAAGGAAGUGGAAAAGCGUUGGUAUCGCUCGGUGUCAUUGACAUUGUGAUGCGCUCCAUCUCCAAAGUGGGGUUCUUUCGCCCCAUUAUUCAAAGCCGCACAGCCGCCUCUCACGAAUCCAACGAUUAUGUCGAAUUCUACAACUCGGCCGAAGAAGAGGACAAUGAUGUUCACGACGAAGAUAUUGAUUUCAUCACGGGACAUUUCCGUCUCAAUCAAACAUACGACGAGUCCUUUGGAAUGAGCACCGAUCAAGCCGCCAAGUUGUUGGGAGAAAAUCGAGAAGAUGAUUUGUUGGAUGUCAUUAUUGGCAAGUACAAGGCACUCGAGGCCAAGUGUGAUUUCAUCGUCUGCGAGGGAUCCGAUUAUCUGAGCAAGGGAUCUGCCGUCGAAUUCAACCUCAAUCAAGUCAUUGCCAAAAAUCUGGGCUGUCCCAUUGUCAUUUUGGGGUCGGCACAUGACCGGCCCAUUGCCGAGGCAUGUCAACAAAUUUCCAUUUCCGUGGAUUCCUAUCGAUCCUACGAAGCCAAUGUAGUGGGCAUUUGCUUGAACAAGGCGGAUCCCGAUAACGUACAAUCUCUCAAAGCCGAACUGGAACGGCUCUACAAGGAGGAUGGAUACUCUCUUUGUGUCAUUCCCGCCGACAAACGUCUCAGUUGUCCUCGGAUGAGUGAUGUUGUCAAACAUCUCAAAGGACAUGUCCUGUCAGGACACAAUUACAUGAAUGGUCUCGUCCGAUGUUCCCUGGUCUGUGCCAUGCAGUUGCAAAAUGCCCUCAAAUGGCUCAAAGAAGACGACACUCUAUUGGUCACGUCCGGCGACCGAGGAGAUAUUGUCGUGGGUGCCCUGCAGGCACAUCAAUCACGCAACUACCCUCGUUUGGCUGGCAUUAUCUUGACGGGAGGAGUUUUGCCCGAGCCUUCCAUUCUUCGAUUGAUUGAAGGUCUGCCAGCACGAUUGCCCAUUGUUUCGGUGCAAACUGGAACCUUUGAAGCAGCGUCUCAAAUCAACGCGGUCCAUGCUCGAUUGCGCUCCACCGAUCAAGAAAAGAUUAGUCUCAGUAUCCAGGCAUUUGAGGAGCAUUUGGUGGACACGAAAGCAUUUGAACGCAAAAUCCUUCCAGACGCCAAUAAUCAAAGUCCCACCAACCGAGUCAACAAGGUCAUUACGCCCAAAAUGUUCAUGUACUCGCUGGUCGAACAGUCCAAGGCAAAAAAGCAGCACAUUGUCAUGCCUGAGGGAACCGAUCCACGCAUCCUCAAGGCAGCUGCCAUUCUUGUGGAACGUGACAUUGUCAACAUUACCUUGUUGGGAAACAAAGAAAAAAUCUCCAAUUAUGUCUCCCAAUAUGGAAUUGACUUGAACCUGGACCGAUUAAAGGUGGUCGAUCCAGUGUCGUCGGGAGAAGCGCUGGAAAAGUACGCCAACAUGUAUUAUGAACUGCGAAAGCACAAGGGGACGGUUCCCAAUAUUGAUGCGGCGCGGGAUGAAUGCCUGGACCUGUCGUGCUUUGGAACCAUGAUGGUCCAUUGUGGAGAUGCCAAUGGCAUGGUGAGUGGAGCCCGACACACCACACAACAUACAAUCCGCCCGGCCCUUCAAAUUAUCAAAACGAAGCCUGGUUUCAAGAUUGUGUCGUCCGUCUUUUUGAUGUGUCUGGAUCAUCACGUCCUCGUGUAUGGUGACUGUGCAGUCAACCCCAAUCCAUCGGCAGAACAACUGGCAGAUAUCGCUUUGGCUUCGGCAGAAACGGCACAAACCUUUGGCAUUGAACCCAAGGUGGCAAUGCUGUCGUAUUCCAGCGGCGACUCCGGUAAGGGCGACGAAGUCGAGAAGGUCCGCGAGGCGACCCGUAUUGCCAAAGAGCGACGCCCCGAUCUACUCAUUGAGGGACCCAUCCAGUAUGAUGCCGCUGUAGACAAGGAUGUGGCAGCAUCCAAAAUGCCCAACAGUCCCGUGGCCGGGCAGGCGACAGUGUUUGUCUUUCCAGACUUGAACACUGGCAACAACACGUACAAGGCCGUGCAGCGAGAGACGGGCGCCAUUGCCAUUGGACCUGUAUUGCAGGGGCUCAAGAAGCCUGUGAACGAUCUUAGCCGAGGCUGCACCGUGGAAGACAUUGUCAACACUGUCGUCAUCACAGCCUGCCAAGGACAGCAGAUUCCAAGUGUUUAAAUGCGGGACAUGCCCCACCUCGAGCCAGGGAACUUGCAAAAAGGUUGCCAAUAGAACGUUGCAUUGUUGUUCCUUUAGAUACAAUUGAUAUAGCUAUGAUUUCUACACCACGAAGUAGUACAAGCAAAUGUGUCCAGGCAGCGUGCUGAGCGUUGGCUGGUCGCUGCACCCAUGCAUGUCGACACAACGAGGGAGAUUAAAUAAAUUGCUUGUUGAGUGCUCUUUAUGUCCGUAUCGGUACGCCUCAAAACUCAAAACCUCGUCGAAUCGUUUGUCGUCUAACUGCC